CUUGAAGAUGAGGCAAGAGAACUCAAAAAUAAGAUUAAUCAAAAAGAGAUUUCUCUUUCGAGUGCUAAUAGCGAGAUUGCUACAAAAUUGGAAGAGAUACAAGCUCUCCAUUCAAGAGUAGAGGAAUUAGAGCAGGAUGUUUCUUUAGCAGAGAAGAGAUUAUCAGAGAUGGAUUCUCUUAAGCGUAAAUCUGAACAGGAAUACCUAAAACUAUCCGAGGAAAAUGUUAGUUUAGUUUUGGCAAAAAUGGAGUUAAAAGAUACACUGGUCAAAAAAAAAGAUGAAUUAAUGCAGGUGAAUGAGGAUUUGCUUUUGGCGCAAAAGUCAGUAAUAGAGAAAGAUUCUUUCCUUCAAGAAACCAAUACUCUUUUAUUAGAACAGUUUUCAAAAGCAUCAGCAUCACGAACAAAUCUAAGCAAAAUGAAGUGA